AUGGGCGGCAAGCCGCCGCCAGCUGCUGCAGAGGCGGCGGCCGCUGAUGCCAAAACCGAGGUCCACGCUCGUUGGGCCAAGGACAUGGUUGCCAUGGAAGACAGCAUCAAGCUGAUGUUGUCAAACAGGUUGCAAGACGCCGAGGACUGCCUAGACUCGGCUUCUGCAGACGUAUCACAGCGUGAUUUUCUUUUCGACGCGGGAGAUCAUGAUAUGCGAGGCUGCUUCACUUUUGUAAGUGCUCUGAUGAGCUUGCUCAACGGCCUCGCAUCGCUCGAGAACAACCAGCUUGACAUUGUCCUCCAACGCGUGUUCAGCGCCGACGAGGAGCUCACCAAAGAUGAAGAUUGGCCAGGGAAGACAGUGCUACGAGGCCUUUGCAAUCUCGUGGCCGGCGUCGUCCAGAUUAUGCAAGGAAUGCCUUCCCGUGGGGUGUGGCACGUGCUUCGAUCAUGGCUUUGGCUGCGGAAUCUAGAGGUGGAGGCACUGAAUUACGAGGGCCACGAGCGCUGCUGCGUUCGGUCCACGGCACUUCUGGCCCUUGGGGUGUUCAACCUGUUCGUGUCUAUGCUGCCUCCAACUGCAAUGAAGGCUGCUGGCUGGGCCACUGGGUUCGCUGGUGGCCGGGACGUUGCUCUGGCCCAGCUGCAGUCGUGUUGGGAAGAAGGUGGCAUCCAGGCGCCGUUUGCUGGCCUGGUGCUGAUCGGCUUCUCUGUCGAUGUCUCUUCCUUCCUCGGGGAGCUCCGCGUUGAGCGCAACAAGCGGCACACGUCGGCGCGCUCUAUCCUCGACUGGGCGAAGACGAACUACCCCAGCGCUUUCUUCUUCAAGGGCCUGGAGAGUGGCUACCUUGCAGCUAAUCAAGAUCUAGAAGGCGCGAACGGAGGUUUGAGUGGAAGCUUCAGCCCAGGAAAUGUCGUCUUUGACGGGAAGGGCAUCGAUUUCUUGAGCCGCUCGCACACCGUGCAGUUCACCAGCGUGGACAAGCUGAUGGGAAAGUCACCUGUCGCCUCCAAAGGUGUCUUGCUGCGUACCUCUUCAGGGUAUGAAGUGGCCCUGGUCCCGCCCGAGCAUCUGCGAGAGCUACAAUGCAGUGUCUGUGGCGACCUGAUCCAAUCAGCCGUGCACGCGCCCUGCGGACACUCAUUUUGCCAGGUGCACUUGCAAGGCGAGCAGGGCUCGCAAAACGAGCUCGAGAUCCAGGCCGGGCGCCUGCGAGAGCUCACGGUCCACAGGGGCUUCUCCGUAGAAAGGGCGCGCCAGGCUUUGGCUGCGGUGGGAGAAGGCUCUCUCGAUGAGGCUGCGGAGAUGUGCGAGAAGCUGAGUGGCCUCGAAGGUCGUGCGGUGCGCGUGCGGCCGGAGGUGAAGCAUCCCAAGUUCGAGUGGGGAGCGGUCUCUCACAGCAGCGUUGGUGUUGUCCUGAAGGACGAGGACACACAGGCUUGGGUGAGCUUUGCCGAGCAGUCGAGCUGGCACUGCCAGAGAGAUGAGCUGGAAAUCGAUCCAGUAGCCGACCAGAUUCGACCGCAAACCCGCGUCCGAAUUCGUGCCGGCGUGACUCCGAAGCGCGGCUGGGGGCUCCUCCAGGUCGACGGGACCGGCACCGUCGUCACGCUUACUGGCUGCCAGGUGCGAGUCCUGAUAAAGGAAGGUGCAUGGAGCGGUUUCAUCAACGAACUCGAGGUCGUCGACGAGACCCGCGACAUGAUCGAAGAUGCGGCCCAGAGACUCAAGGAUGGCAAAGCCACCGAAGACGUGCUGGCCCAGUUGCACGCUAUCCUUCAGGAGGUGAGGUACUGCUCAGAGCCUUCCGAGCUGCAGAUCGUCUUGACCAGCAGAGAAUGCGGACCUUUCAUCAACAGCUUCGGCGCCUUUGCGAUGCUCCGGGGUGUUGGCCUUCAGUGUGUCCGCCAUGCAGCAGACCGGACUGUCCACGUCUUUGGUGCUGCGCCAGGGGUUGCCGACCUCGGAGAGCGCGCGGCGAGCGCGCUGCGGUACCUGGAGCAGCUGUUCGAGACGGUGGUGGCAUUCAGAUUCACGGGGACGGCGAUGGAGGGCAUCAGGGAGCGUGCAGAGUUUGUCAGUCAGGUCCCGCAGCAGAAGCCCAGAUUUCGAGUAGUCCUGCAUGUCGACGCAGACAUCUUCGCUGCGGGUGUACCAGUGCAGAUGGUCUACCAGGAGCAACUUCGGUCGCUCAUUAUUCCAGCCAUCGCCCCACAGGGCGAGGGCUGGUCCUGGCCGCAGCGAGGCUGGGCUGGUGAAGAACAAAUGGUGCAGCACCUCCAAGCGUCCCUGCCCGCAGGUAAGGCCGAGCUUUGCCGCGAACAGGAGUUCGAGGAGGCUUCGAAGGUCUCGAAGAGGUUAGAGGAGUCCGGCCUCGUCGCCACCGUGGAAGAAGGUUCGAGCAACCCUCUGAAGGACGCCAGCAUGGAGGUACCAACAAGCUGGACCGGUAGCCUAGCCCGGGGGAGCCGUGUUCGGUUCCGAGAUACUGCGAG